UGUAGAAGUUGGGGUGGGAGGAUAAAGUGACUGAGGCUCUUUACAUCAACACUUGUUCAGCGGGUUCUAGGUGAAAAUGAGCAACGAUCCAGGUCCAAGGCGCAGGGCUGCAUCAGUACCUGACUCAGAUACAGGCAAAGAAACAGCAGUGGCCUUGAAGAAAGAGAUCGGACUAGUCAGCGCGUGUGGCAUUAUUGUGGGUAACAUCAUUGGGUCCGGAAUCUUCGUAAGUCCAAAGGGUGUUUUGGAAAAUGCCAGUUCAGUGGGUCUGGCUCUCAUAGUGUGGAUUCUUACUGGAAUCAUCACUGCCAUUAGUGCUCUGUGCUAUGCAGAAUUGGGAGUUACAAUCCCUAAGUCAGGGGGAGACUAUUCCUACAUUAAAGACAUCUUUGGAGGCCUAGCUGGGUUUCUGAGGCUAUGGAUUGCAGUGUUGGUGAUCUAUCCAACCAACCAGGCUGUAAUUGCCCUCACUUUCGCCAACUAUGCUUUGCAACCUAUCUUUCCUACCUGUUUCCCUCCAGAGAGAGCCCUUGGUCUGCUUGCCGCAGUCUGCCUGUUGCUGUUAACUUGGAUUAACUGCUUCAGUGUUCGCUGGGCAACUCGUGUCCAAGAUGUGUUCACCACAGGCAAGCUACUGGCUCUCGGCCUCAUCAUUAUCAUGGGGAUUGUGCAGAUCUUCAAGGGUCAUUUUUAUUGGCUGGAGCCAGCACGUGCAUUUCACCCAUUUCAGCCAUAUGAUAUGGGGCGCAUCGCACUCGCUUUCCUCCAGGGUUCCUUUGCUUAUGGAGGCUGGAACUUUCUUAACUAUGUAACAGAAGAGCUCAUUGACCCCUAUAGGAACCUGCCUCGUGCUAUCUUCAUCUCAAUCCCUCUGGUCACUUUCGUCUAUGUGUUUGCAAAUAUUGCUUAUGUUACAGCUAUGAGCCCUCAGGAGCUGUUGGCCUCUAAUACUGUUGCUGUGACAUUUGGUGAAAAGCUGCUUGGGGUAAUGUCAUGGAUCAUGCCCAUCUCUGUGGCACUAUCCACCUUCGGGGGGGUUAAUGGUUCCCUUUUCACCUCGUCUAGGUUGUUCUUUGCGGGUGCGAGAGAGGGCCAUCUCCCCCGUCUAUUUGCAAUGAUUCAUGUGAAUCGCUGCACACCAGUCCCAGCUUUGCUCUUCACUUGUAUAUCAACUCUGCUGAUGCUUUGCACUAGUGACAUAUACACCCUUAUCAACUAUGUUGGCUUCAUUAACUACCUGUUUUAUGGGGUCACUGUUGCUGGGCAGAUUGUGCUUCGCAUUAAAGAGCCAGACAUUUAUCGUCCAAUCAAGGUGAGCUUGGCGUGGCCAGUCAUUUUCCUGCUUUUCUGGGCAUUCCUGCUGAUCUUCUCGCUGUACUCUGAGCCUGUGGUGUGCAGUAUUGGCCUGGCCAUCAUGUUGUCAGGUGUUCCUGUGUAUUUUUUUGGUGUCUAUUGGGAAAACAAGCCCAAGAGCAUCAAUUAUUUUAUAGCUCAAAUGACAUACUUGGGGCAGAGGUUGUGCAUGGUGGUGUAUCCAGCUGAGGAUGAUGGCAGAGAAGAUGAGAGUGAAGAAAAAGAGGAACCUGGAUCGAAGUACAGUGCUAGUAGUACUACAGCUAUUGACCCAUUUAAGUAAUAUGGGUUUGGUAGAGUUUGACAAUGCAAUACAUUGUCACAGACUAAUUUAAAGGAUUAGUUCACCCAAAAAUAACAAUUCUGUCAUCAUUUACUCACCCUCGUAUCAGAAAGCUUAAAUUUUAAAGGGGUCAUGACAUACCUUUUUUUUAUUAUUUUUAUAUGUUCCUUGAGGUUCACUUAUAGUAUUAGUAAAGGUUUUUGUACUUUUUUUGUCAUAUUUGUAAAACAUGUUCAUUUUUCACAUUCCUUCUGAUCCUCUGUCAGAUACAUGGUUUUUGUGCUGCUCCUCCUUUAAGAUCUGACAGUAAACGCCCUCUGUUAUGAUUGGCUCUCUGUUCUUGACUGACUUGACUCACCACUACUGGGCAGGGCUACGGAGGUGAUAAAUUUAAGUGGGAUGGGGGCAGAGAAGAUGGGAGUGAAGAAAAUGUGUUGUUGUGGAGGCAGUCAGAUGCAAAUGUCUUCCACAGUGUGACAUCACAAUGUGGUGGAAGUAGUGAAAUAGUCGCUUUGGCAGCUUAGUUUUAGCAAAUGUGCUUUUUGCAGUGAGGAACUUUUAAAAGGGGCAUAAACACCUAUCGGUUCAGAGUGGAACUUCAAUAAAUUUUCAUUUGAAGGUCUCUGUGGUUUUUUUCUGAGCACUGAAGUAACCAAGUGUCCUACAUGGUUGGCCUGGGUGGUUUCUACCCUAUAGCAUUCUCACAAUGAUUCCAGAGAAUUUCAGAAUAAAUCAAAUAAUAACAAAUUAUUUGUCAGGUAGGAUAUAAAACGUCAUUCCAGAAAUUCAAAUCAAAUCCAAUUUCACACAUGAUAAGACUAAACAAGCAUUACUAAAAAUAAGAUACGUAUCAAGAGACAUACCCGACAAUGGGAAAUACUACAUGCAAAGGUAUAGCAUGGGAGAUCUGGCUUACAGAUUCCUCAAGCUCUGGGCCAGCUUUCCUUAAAUAUCCAGACAGAAUGAACAUUGAGUACUAAAUGGUAUUAUCCUUUGAACAAUGAGAAUUUGGGGGUGAAUGGGUUCUUGGCUUCCUGGAGUUUAACCUUAUUUGCAUACAGGCAAGGAGGAGGAUAGACCUCCAGAAUUUUACAGUAUUUGGCAAAGACCUUGUCACCAUUAGUUUUACCAACCUGGGAAAGAGACCAAUAUACGAGUCGCACUGAGACCUUAAAUGAUACAAAACAUGUCUAGUUACAUUAUUUGUAUACAUCAGAUAUUAUAUUUUGUUAAAUACAGAUCUUAGGUGAGAUUGAGGUGAUUAUGAGAUGAAAGGGAACGAAGAGAAAGGGACAGAUGUGGAAGAGCAACAAUGAGGUGUGAAUUUGCAAUCUUUGCUCUGGGUGUUGUGCUUCAGGAAGAGAUGCUAAUUGUAAGAAUAUGUUGAUUUUAUCAAAGAUCAUAAAUUUGCUCUUUGCCUCCCUGGGGAGUUUUGUCCUUUGAAUGCAAACACAUUGGCACCCCACCUUACAAAGAGUUCUGUCAAAAGAUCAAGGAAAAUGUAAUUCCUUGUGUCAUGAACCCUUUGAAGAAUAUUCUGGCCACCAUUCUCCAACAAAUGAAAGUGACUGAGGGCUGGUGCUGUCAAGAAUUGAAAUUACAAAAAGACAUCACAAACAUAUCAUAAAGCACCAAAAUAAAUAUUCACUGAUAUUCUUCCUUACCAUUCAGCUGUUAACCACUGACAGCGGAUCAGUCAGUGAGGUGAACUCAAGAACUGGAUCAGUUGAGAAUGAAUCCUUCAGAUCAGUUUUGUGAACUGGAUAAAAUGAUUCAUUGAAUAGAUUCUCAAAAGAAGGCCUAAAGAAUGAUUCUUUCAUGAACUUAAAUUGCAACUUGUCUUCUGUUCCACACACAAAGCUGUCAUAUGGCUUUAGAAGACUUGGAAUAGUGCAGGAGUUGUAUGGAUCACGUUUAUGAUACUUUAAAUGGUGCUUUUUAGGAGAUUGACAGCACCAAACCUCAUUAACUUUUAUUGUGGAAAAAAGUGUCCAACAUAUUUUUCAAAUAUUCAACUUUUGUGUUCCACAGAAGAAAUAAAACCAAGUUUGGAAUGAUAUGAGGGUAUGUUAAUAAUGAUGUUGGUGCACAUUUCCUCUAAUAAUACCCAAGGUCAAGUUUAAGUAUGGGUAACACUGUCUCCUUUGUGCAAUACUGCCAUCCACU